AUGGAAAGGGAGAGGUACGGUUCCUCGUGGGCGGACUUGGGUGGGGUGCUGCACAUUCGAUGGCGAGCAGCUUCAUUUUAUUCUGGGUUGGAGCCAGGGCCUUCGGCUUUCUCGUGGCGAUGGAUUCAGAUGGCACUUGAAUCGUCUUCUGAUCUCAUUCUCUUUGUCGCUAUGGCAGCUUUAACAUGGAUGGCAACUCGUGCAGCGAGCAGACACUUGGUGUUCAUGCUUCUGACAGCUUGCGUUUUCCACACAUUUGUCAAUCAAAUGCUGUACUCCGUACUACAUAUUCGUGGCUGGCUAUUGGUGCUAGCUCGAUUUGCUUUCUCGUCUGCUAUAGCCACUGGAGCAUUUUUGGCGUACUCUGUAGCUGGAAUGAUGGAGCCGGAUCUAGGACCAAUGCCGCAGGCGGUUGAAGAUUUUGUCAUACCAGACGAAUCAUCCUUGUUGGGACCUUGUGAAGGAGUUCAGAUUGAGCCAUCAAGUGAAUUUGUAACGCCUUUGUCUCCAACGAAACGAUUUGGUGCUCGGAUUGCGGAAGACUCAAUGGUUCCGCAUGAAUCUCCAGACAUGAAAUUUGCACGAGAUCGUCUUGGGAACUUGCUAACGUCUAUACGACAAGGCGAAGCACCGUGGCUGAAUCCGAUGGACAGGAAACCAACAGUGAGACAGUCGAGCUAA